UUACCAAAGUCCAAACUGACGCAAAUGCGGAAGUCCAUAGGUUAUUUUAUUUUGAGAAAGUUCAUGAAUUAAAAUUAAAGUUGGCUUAAAGCAGUGAUUUUGCGCUCUGUUCCAUGCAGUCGUAUAUUUUCAUCACGAUCCUUGUCAUAACGCUUCUGCAACGUUGGUGUAUGAAGGUGAAUCUCUCAGUUACGCAGAUCCCGUGUGCAGCUAGAAUGACCCCAUGGCUAAGAAGCUCAUAAUAACAUAUGCCCUAUGGGCCAUGGGUGGACCACUUGGCCUUCAUCAUAUUUAUUUGGGUAGAGACAGCCAUGCCCUCUUGUGGAUGAUCACCUUGGGUGGUUUCGGCAUUGGGUGGAUGAGAGAGUUCUUCCGUAUUCCAUCAUACGUGAGUGAAGCCAAUCAGAAGGCAGGGGGAGCCCGCGAUAGACGCCCACCUGUCGCUCCACCACCAAUAGGCCUGAUUCGGUUUACCGGUCAGGUUUGUGUGGGCAUUUACUUUGGCUCAGUUGCUUUAAUAAGCCUUAGUUCUCUCAGUUUCUUCUACUUCCUUGUGCUGCCGCUGAGCAUAGGUGCAGGUGUGCACCUGGUGUCCUCUGUCGGCCAGCAGACUUCUGACCUCCAGAAAACUCUUGUUACGUGUAUAAUCACCUCAUCCAUCUUCUAUGGUAGCAGUGUGUCUCCACUCCCCAUCAGCAUAGCUGCCAGCAUCACUGCUGCACAACACCGCAUGUUAAAACCAAUGCAGCCUGCUGGAUAUCCACAAGAGCCACUGGGUCCUCGUCUGUAUCGUCUGAGUUUAGGCGUGAUUGCUUUCUCUGCACCGCUCGGAUACUGCUUCUUCCACAACACCACAGCCACGUUGUACUACAUAUCAGACUGUAUAGCAGCCCUGCUUGAUUUUUUCUGGUUCCUUCCUUGGCUCAAAGGGCUCCUGGAGUUCUUUCUCUUGUUGCCUUAUCGUAUUCUGUGUGCCGUGACGGGAGGGGGUUUCUAUGAGGACAGUUGGAAAAAAAUGUUGGAGAUACUUCUUAAUGAAUAUAGUAAAAAAGAAACAGAGGCUCUAAAGAUACUAUCAUUGCCCGAAGAAGCUUCUCUGGAGGAGAUAACUCGCAGUUACAGGGAACUGGCUAAAGUGUGGCAUCCAGACCACAACCCCAAGAGACAAACAGAGGCACAACAGAUGUUUAUUCAGAUCAAGGAAGCAUAUGAGAUACUUCUUCACAGGCACAAGCCACAACGAAGAAGAUGAUCUGAUAAAUAAAGAACAUACGUUUUCAAAG